UCUUCACAGUCAUUUGUGUUGCAGUGUGAGGAUGAGGUUUGACUCGGUUGCUGCUCGGCUGAGGUCCAUGUAUGGGCUCUGUUUUGCCAGCCUGACCAGACUGCUGCAGCACUUGUGGGACGUCUUCUCAUCUCCAUCCCUCGCUGGCCAGGACGUGCUCACACUUGUGUCUCUAUGUUUGGCCCUCUCUAUUGUCACUGGUGCUCUUCUCCACCACUGGCUGGCCAAGACCCUGGGCUACGAUGGCGUGACCUCGACCCAGACGGCCUGCAUCUACAGCGUGCUCAUGUUCCUAGCCACGUUCCUCAGCCACCCGCUGCGCUGCCUGCUGACCCUCAUGCUGCCCACCGUAAGCACCAAGCAAGGACGAAAGGUGGUCUUGUCAGCGUCCGUCAUGCUCUUGAUGUUGAACGUCGUCCCAAACAUCACAGGAAACGUGGGCGUGGUUGUCAGGUUGCUCAGGUGCACAGCUGAGGCAUUUGCCCAGAAUUUGCUGAACUCCUCUGAACAUCUAAAUGUUGCCAAGCGAGACCUGGUGGAGGAAAUGAUCAAGGUAAAGGUGGAAGACUUCGGAAUUGUCUCAACCUUGAGGAGAUUCGAUCACAUCACGCACGUCAACGUCUCUGCCGUGAAAAGUUACUUUGUGCAUAUGAUUCGUCAGAUAGACCUGGACUUCUCACCCACCCGGGACAUGAUCAAGGAUGUGAAACUGGUGUCAUACCGGAUUCUCGGUGCAGUCUUUGUUGCCUUUAUUAUCGUAGAAUCCGCUCGCUACCUGAAGUCCUACCUGACAUCGGUUCAGUUUGCUCUUCAGCAGCAGAAGUUGAUGAGGAGGAGGAGGAUAACCAGAGAGGAGUUUGGUUCCUGUUUCAUAUCACUGCUCGUCGUGACAUUGUACUUCUUGGCUAUAACUUCGGUCGUGGCGCUGGAUUACGUGGUCUAUCACAUAGUCGAGACGAUGUUGCCAUGGCUACUGGACUUUCCUCCGACUUCUGCAGUCAUCUCAGUGGAUUAUAAGGUGCACUGGUUCCUGCCUGCCGCCUGCAUCACCCCUCACUCCUGCCGGGCUCGAGAGUUGGCCAACUUCCAGCAUGAAUACCGCUGGAACUUCAAUCCAGAACGUUCCCUCUGUGAUGAGAAACCCUCAGCCCCGAACAUGGCUGUGACUGUCCUGCUGGGAGCGCUGGUGCUGCUCAGCUACCUGCUGGUUUUUGCGGAGGUUUUCGCCGCACGACUGCGAUGGAAGAUCUCUGCCUCCUUCUUCAGGGAGCAGGAGAGGAAGAGGCUGGCCUUUGUGAAGCCACGGGGAGGGCGGAGUCAAGAGCAAGUGGAGUCCGUUCAUGUUGUGACGCAAGUUUAUUAACGUUGU